UUUUUUUUUUUUUCUUCAUCUCUCCCUAAUAAUUUAACCAAAAAACAUGAAUCAUCAUCGCACCAUUGAAACAGACGAAGGGUACGUAGAGCAGAGAUUCGACGAACCUUACUUCAUGAAGCAUUGGACUGAUGAUCAAAAAGCAGAAUUUGCAUAUCAGCUUUUAUUAUGCAUUCCCAUCUCAAAGACUUUAAAUGUGGUGGAUAGAUUAUCACCGCUCUUACAUCGUGAUUUCAUCUCUGCUUUACCGUUCGAAAUAUCCAGCCAAAUCUUACUUUGUCUCGAUGUCCAAUCAUUAACUUGCAUGUCCCGCAUCUCUAAAAAAUGGAAACUAGCAAGCGAAGACCAAACAUUGUGGAAAGACUUAUUUUAUUCAGCAGGCUGGACGUCGAAUAAGGAAGCCAUCCACGAGUAUCUCGCCAACAAACCUACAAAAACAUCCCUCGCCUCGUGUAUCCCCAGAACAACAGAUGCUAGAUUAAAACCCUUUAAACGAUCGACCGAUUUUGACCUUAGUCGAAAUACCAGUAAAAGCAGUAGUAGUAAUCAGAACAGUCUAGCUAUUCGACCCACACAAGUUUACCCAUCUCGUUCUCAGCCAUGUUCAAGUAGUGCUUCCAGUUAUCAUCAUCCUCAACAGCAACAACAGCGUGAAUUACUUGCUCAUUUGGUGACAGAACGACCUUUUUUAAAUCGACCACCGCCUCGAAGACAUGUCAAAUACGACGAGACCGCCAUUUUUCAUUACAAGGAGACCUUUGAUACCCGAUUCAUUAACUGGAAACGCCUCUACCGUAACCGAAAUACGAUCGAGAAAAGGUGGCAAGAUGGUCGAUGUAAAGUCAAACAAUUCCCACCUCCCGUCAAACAUGAGCUUAUUGUGGAUAAUGAAACGCAACAUAACGGCGGCAUCUAUUGUUUACAGUUUGAUCAUUCUAUCCUUGUCACUGGCAGUCGAGAUAGAAAUCUAAAAGUAUGGGAUAUUAAAACAGGACGUUUAAAAUUCACGUUGGAAGGACAUUCGGGAAGUGUCCUGUGUUUGCAGUUUGAUCAUCGCUAUCUGAUUACCGGAAGCAGUGAUAGUACCCUUAUCGUAUGGGAUAUUCAUACAGGUCAGAAAAUUAAGUCAUUGGUGGGUCACGGUGAAAGUGUCUUGAACGUCAAAUUGCUAGGUAAUACUGUCGUCAGUUGCUCCAAAGAUAGAACCGUUCGUAUUUGGGAUCUCGAAAAGGGGUCUUUGGAAAUGACCUUGAGAGGUCAUCGUGCGGCUGUCAAUGCUGUUCAAUUCAAGCAUGAUAAAUCGUCUCUGCCUCGGAAUACGGGUAAAUGCAUAAAGACGCUGGAUUCCCAUAGCCGAGGUAUUGCAUGUGUGGAAUACGACGGACAAUAUAUUAUCAGUGGAUCAAGUGACCAAUCAAUCCGUGUUUGGUCUGCAGAUACGGGUGAAUGUCUUCAUACACUGGAAGGUCACACUGACCUUGUACGCACACUGCAAUUGGAUGGUAAAUCCAAACGCAUUGUGAGCGGAAGUUACGAUGGUUCACUGAAGAUCUGGAGUUUACAAGACGGAAAAUUAUUAAAAAGUUUUGAUCAAGCUGUCUAUGGAAGAAUACUUAACCUACAAUUCGAUUAUGGACGUAUCGUUUGUUGCUCUAAUCUGGGAAAAAUCGUAAUGUACGACUUUACACAUGGCAUCGAUACACAAUUUCUCCUUUAAUUUUUUUUUUUUUUUUUUUUUUUUUUUUUGUAAAAAAAAA